AGUUCUUAAAGGUGUAGAUCUGUCGGUGGGGGAUCAGAGAGUUGAAACACCACUGCAAACAUGGAGGCUACCUACCUUCUAUCAACCAUCUUUGCACCAACUCGGUCAAUGGAUCAACAAGUAGUGGAUCGAGUCAAUAGGGAGAGUUCCCACAGUCUCUCCUUCCCUCUCGUAUAUAUACACACAGACCACAGCAACAACAACAAAAGAAGCAGAUCAAGAAUUGGCAUCUUUCUUCAUCUCCUGACAUCGCAAUGGGCAGGUCGCCUUGUUGCGAGAAGGCUCACACCAACAAGGGAGCAUGGACGAAGGAAGAGGACCAACGGCUGGUCGCCUACAUCAAGGCUCAUGGCGAAGGAUGCUGGAGGUCGCUCCCCAAAGCUGCAGGUCUCCUUCGUUGCGGCAAGAGCUGCCGCCUUCGGUGGAUCAACUACCUGCGGCCUGGCCUCAAGCGCGGCAACUUCACCGAGGAAGACGACGAGCUCAUCAUUAAGCUGCAUGGCUUACUCGGAAACAAGUGGUCUCUGAUCGCCGGGCGCCUACCGGGGAGGACGGACAACGAGAUCAAGAACUACUGGAACACCCACAUCAAGCGCAAGCUCAUCAGUCGCGGGCUCGACCCCAAGACUCACCUUACCAUCGGCGGCGUUCCUUCUCACCGGCAAGGCAUUCCCAUGGCAGCCGACGAAGCCGUGAAGCCGAACGACAUGGCCGAGGACGGGCACAGCAGUGUCACGAGCAUGGACGAAGAGCGCUGCCCCGACCUCAACCUCGACCUCACCAUAAGCCUCCAUGGCGGUUCUCCGAAACCUCCAGCAGCCGAGGCUGCGACGCCGGCAUCAGGGCCAGCUUGCGCUCAGCUCAUCUGUUUGUGUUACCAUUUGGGUCUGCAAACCAGUGAGGCAUGCAGUUGCCAAGCAAGUCCUGAUCUCCAACAUGUUCUUAGAUUCUAUAGACCAUUGGAAGAAGGGCAAUAAACUGAUCAUCUGUGUUCAAAACAUCAAACUAGCAUCAUUUGUUAGGAUAGGAAUGAAGGGGAGGAGAAGAUCAAAUGUUGAUGAACCAAAUGUUCAUAGCCAAUCAUAUCGGUUAAGGUUAGAUUGCCUCAAUCACCGGUGGGCAAAAGCCCCCACUCAAGCAUUCCCUCUUUGCAUGCUGCACCAAACAAUCAUUCAAGUAGGAGGGGGUCCAUGAGGAACCUACCUCACCACCACCCAACUUGAUCAUAUAUUGUCUUCAUUGUCAGAUUUAAUGCAUUUGGAAAGGGAAGGUUGUUGUUGGUUGGAGGUUGGUGACCCACUGACAUCACACAACACAACCACCA